AUGCCUGCCAUCCCAGUCAUAGCCACAGACUUCCAUAAAUCGGUCGAACUCAUCAACUUGACCGUCACCGUUUACAUGGUUUUCCAGGGCGUUUCUCCCGUGUUUUGGGGGACCUUGGCGGAUUAUGUGGGCAGGCGACCGAUUUUCCUAUCCUGCAUCCUGGUCUUGAUCGCUGCCUGCAUUGGGCUUGCCUUGGUCCCGACCUCGGAUUACUGGCUACUUAUGGUGCUGCGUUGUGUCCAGGCCGCAGGCUCAGCCAGCACUGUCGCGCUAGGCGCUGGGGUUAUAGGGGAUAUUGCCACGCCCGCAGAGCGCGGAAGCUUCUUUGGCCUCUUCUCUGUAGGGCCGCUAUUUGGCCCCACUUUUGGACCGGUAAUUGGAGGUGUUCUUACACAGACCCUUGGAUGGAGAUGGAUUUUUUGGUUCCUAGCAAUCGCUGCUGCACUUUGCUUUGUAGUCCUGUUGGCGCUUUUCCCAGAAACCCUGCGACAGCUUGUUGGCGACGGGAGCGUUUUGCCGUCUAGACUUUAUCGGCCCCUCGUUCCAUUUGUGGGCCAUGGUAGGCAAGGCGUUACCAUAGAACGCCCUCCGCGUGUCCCUCUUGUGAAUCCGCUGCGUAUUUUGACCUAUCCAGACAUCCUGGUUCUUCUGCUCUUCAACGCCACACAGUAUGCGGUGUUCUAUGCGAUCACCGCCACGAUAUCAACUAUAUUCGAGUCAACCUACUCCUACUUGAGCGAAACUGAAAUCGGCUUAUGUUUCCUGGCUUCAGGUUUUGGAACCAUCACGGGAGCAUUUGUCAUUGGGAAGAUUAUGGAUAGAGAUUACAGGGGGAUCAAGGAGAAACUCGUUCGUGAACGCGGAAUCGCUAUGGGCACCUGUGAAGGAGACUUCCCGAUUGAAAAAGCGAGAUUGAGGACCACACCCAUUCAACUCUCAAUCUGCGUCGCAUGUUGCGCCGGCUAUGGGUGGUCUUUGCAGCAGAAGGUUAACAUUGCAGUGCCGCUGGUCAUUAUCUCUUGGUCCGAGACUUACUGCCGGCCCAGGAACAACCUAGUGCGAUGCGCAUUUGGAGCGGCGUGCGUGUCGGUUAUAGACUUGAUAUUGAACGGCGUAGGCGCGGGAUGGACCUACACGAUCCUCGCAUUGAUCAGUCUUUCCACGAGCCCCAUGAUUUGGUUGAUAGUCUGGCUGGGUCCACGCUCUCGGGCCAAGCGCCGCACGCGGAACAGUUAG